AUGCCGUUCUCCAGGAGCUGUGCAGGUCGUCCUGUAUGGAACCGAGUCGAUUGGGACGCUUGCUUCCAGCAACAGGUGCUCAACUCGUCAAUACCCCUGACGCUUGUGGUCCUCUCUUUGCUGGCCCUCGUCGUACAUCAAUUGCGGAGGCGCCGGGCGCUCACCGUCUCUGCCCAGCAUGUUGCUACUCUCGACCCAGGCGCCUCCUCCUUCUCGGCCGUCGUCAAUGCUCAGUCUGCACAACAUCCUCAUCAUAUCCUCCCACGUCGAUCAACACACACCGAUCUCUUUGGAUUCCCUCGUCGCUUGCUCAGCGCUAUUCUGCCCUGGAACUCGUCUCGCAUUCUACGCAGCAACAGUAUCUCCUCUGUACACUCUGCCAACCUCCCCUUCGCAUCCUCCAACGGGGCUUCCAAAGCUAACUCCGCCGCUGCAGCUUCUCAGGCUGCGCUCGAGGUCUUUCACACUGAGAACGCCGUCAUCCUCAACGAGGUUCACCUCACCCCUCCAACUGCACGCAAGCACCAUGUGGUGGAGCGACUUCGUCGUCUCGAACUGCUGCGUCGUGUCAUCGACGUCUUUGGCUCUGUGACGCUUGCAGCGCUUCAUGCUGGCGACUGGGCCACUGGCUGGCAUUCCAGGGACUAUCAGAUUUACUGGGCUUUCAUGUGGUUCUACCUCGCAUCUCUCUCGGCCUACUCGCUCACAUCCAAGCGCUCCUUCUUCUCUCACAAGGCGGCUCUCAUGUCCGUCUACGUCGUCGUCACACUUUUCAAUCUUCGUACAGCGCUUCUGAACCGCGCAGUGCAUCCCUCUCUUCAUUCUCGAGGUGCCGUUGUGCUUACUGCUGUCGAAUUGCUCAUCGGCUGUAUAGUACUCGUACCCACCCUCUUCUUCCCUCUGCAGACCGUCCUUCCGCGCGACCUGCGCGCCAUCUACACCACCAUGUCGCCCGAGACGCAGCACGGUGUUCCUGGAACAGCGUUCCCUUCGCCUCGCCUGUCUGGUGUUGACGGCGUCUCACGACCGCGACCGCAGCAAGCAGCUGACCCUACCGCCGAUCCUGCAGCUGCCGACCUCAUCCCAGCACCUGAGGAGACCGCCUCUCUGCUCUCUCGUGCCACCUUUGGAUACGUCACCCCGGCCAUCGUUAAGCACUACAAGACCCAGUUCACGCUCGCAGCUAUUCCCGACUUGCCCGUCGCAGAUAAGGCUGCUGCUGUUGUCGCUUGCUUCCGUGCUUACACCUCUACUCGCUCUGAAGAUCCCGCUGCUGCUACUCCUGCUUCAUCCAAACAGGGCCUGCAUGCUGGACUCGCACCUUCCACCCGUCCGCUCUGGCGACGCCUUUUCGGUCACUUCAAGUGGUUUCUCGCGCUCCAGUUCUUCUGGGCUACGCUCGAGGCUGUUCUCGACCUCGUGCCACCCUUCUUCUUGCAAAAGGUGCUUGCCUUCAUCUCAGCAAGAGGCGAGCAGCGUCGCAACGGCAAUAUGGAAGGUGCCGAGCCUCUUCAUCUUGGUAUCCUGUAUGCAUUCGGCAUGCUCGUCGGUCAGAUCAUCGCCUCGAUCUCAGCUUCUCGUGCCCUCUUCAUCGGCAGGCGUAUUUGCAUUCGCCUUCGUGCCAUUCUCAUCACCGAAAUCGUCACAAAGACGCUCCGACGCAAGGACAUCGGCAGUACUGGCGACAAGGACGAUGAGAAGAAGGCCGACGGUGGGGAGGGUGAUGAUGACGACUCCACGGCCGCCGCCAAGAAGGCUAAUGCUGAUGGCGCCAAGGAUGGCAAAGAGAGCGACAAGCCUAAGCGAGCUACGGACGGACAGGUCGUCAACCUCAUCUCGGUCGACGUCUUCAAGGUCUCUGAGAUUUGCGCUUAUCUUCACUUCUUGGCACCCCGUGCGCCGCUCGUGAUUGGCCUUUGUCUGGUCUACCUCACCGUCUUGCUCGGCUGGUCCGCCGUGAUUGGUUUUAUGGUCCUUCUCGCCUCGCUGCCCAUCCAGACUUUAGUUUCGCGCUGGUUCGUCAAGCUGCAGAAGCGUCUGCUUGAGACCACCGACCAACGUCUCAACCUUGCUACCGAGGUGCUGGGCUGCAUCAAGACGGUCAAGUUUUUCGCCUGGGAGCGUUCCUUCAAUGCACGAAUGGAUGAAGCGCGUCAGCGCGAACUUCAGGUCCUCGGUCUCCGCUACCUUGCAUGGCUCUGCAACACUUUCACUUACAUGGGCACCCCAAUGCUGGUGACCUGCGCCACUUUUGGUGCUCACACCAAGAUCUUCCACCAGCCACUCACCGCCGAGAAGGCGUUCACGGCUCUAGCCCUCUUCAACACGCUGCGCAACCCGCUCGAUGCGCUUCCAGACAUGAUUGUGCAGAUCCUCAAUUCGCUUGUGUCGGUGCGACGUAUCGACACCUACCUGCGCGAAGAGGAGACGCAAAAGUACCAGCAGCUUCUGCGCGACGAUGAAUCUAGCGACUGGGGAGAUGCAGAAGGCAGCAGCACCAGCGCUGGCGCUGGCGACGCAGCCAACGCCACAGCGGGUGCCGCCUCUUCUGCCUCCGGCUCGAAGCGUGUCAUUGGAUUCGAAGAUGCCAGCUUCACUUAUGCUGAUGCUGAUAGCGACGUCGACGAAGGCACCUUUGCUCUACGCGACAUCAACCUCCGGUUCCCUGUUGGGAAGCUUAGCAUCGUCGCUGGUCCAGUUGGUUCGGGUAAGACUACAUUGCUCAUGUCGCUGUUGGGUGAGACCCGCCAGCUGGGCGGUCGCACCUUCAUGCCUUGCCCUGUGGCGCGUGCAACUGCACCUAUCGAUCCUGUCACGGGUCUCAGCGAGUCGGUCGCUUACUGCAGUCAGAGCCCCUGGCUGCUCGGUACUACGCUGAAAGAAAACGUGCUCUUUGGUUCUCCCUACGAUGAACGCCGCUACCGCGCCGUUAUCAAGGCAUGUGCUCUGGAGCCUGAUCUCAAGAUCCUCGAGUACGGCGACGAGACCGAAGUAGGCGAGAAAGGUACUUCGCUCUCUGGUGGACAAAAGGCUCGUAUUGCUCUUGCCCGUGCCCUCUACUCAGCGGCAAAGCACGUUCUCAUCGACGAUGCUUUGUCCGCCGUCGACAGCCACACUGCCAAGCAUCUCUACCGACACGCGCUCAAGGGUGCGCUUGCCAAGAACCGAACUAUCGUCUUGGUCACGCAUGCUAUCAGCUUGUGCCUUCCCGGCGCAGCCUUUGCCGUCGCUAUGGACAAUGGUAGCGUAGUCGUUGCAGGCACUCCUGACGUUGUCAACGCUACCGGCGUCUUCUCUGAAGAGGGCGAGGCUCUGCAAUUCUCCCUCAAGGCCGGAAAUACAGCGGAGCAAGGCAACGAGGAAAUGACCAUUGAAGAGCUUGCAGCUGGUGGCAGCGAUGAGGCCGAGCGCGAAGAGAUGGCCAAGAAGCUGGAAAAGAAAAAGGCGCACACCAACGAAGAGACGUACAGCUCGGGUGCCGUGGGAACCAAAAACUACGGCCUCUACCUGGGAUCCGUGGCCAGCAAGACAAGGCACGCAGUGUUUUUGUGGGGUUCUUUGCUUCUCUUCUUUUUCGCUGUUCGUUUGCUCGACAUUGGCUCCGGCGCAUGGCUGAGGGAAUGGGCAAAGUCGCACGACUACCGCGAGAAGGAGGCCGGCAUUCGCGUCGCUGCUACAAGUGACAUCGCAUCACAGCAGAAGCCACGCCUAACGUACGACCGGAUCGAGACAUUUAUGACAACGCCGCUCAUUGACACGAUCUGGACCAACCGACCAUCUUUGCUCAGCGCCCUUCGUAUAGACAACAUCCUGGACCGUGUCUCGAAGCCAUUCGCAACGGAUGAUACAAAGCCAGCACCUGCUGUCACAAUCAACGCGUCCGAUUACGUGCUCUCUAAUCACUACUCGGCCAACGAUGGCUUCCAGGGACAGCAGAUGCUUUCCCUUGAGCCUCGAAGCACCAACUUCAAGUCGGCACAAAACUUUGCAUCCGUGCAAACCGCGACAUCUGAUCGUGAUGAACGCCGCAACACAGGUGACCUGGACACGUACUACUUGACGAUCUAUCUGGCGAUCUCCUUGGGCUUCAUGACGAUGGCGGUGCUUCGAGACGGCUACGAGUUCUUCAUCUCGCUUCGAGCAUCACGACGCAUUUACCGUCAGCUCACAGAUGCCAUCUUGAACGCUCGGCCUCAGUUCUUCGACCGCACACCCGUAGGCCGCAUCAUGAAUCGACUCUCCAAGGAUGUGGAAACGAUUGACCAGGAGAUGGCAGUAUGCAUGCUGUUCCUGCUCGAGUGCACACUCACUGCGACAGCUAUUCUGGUGCUGAUCUGCUGGGCCACUCCAAUCUUCCUCCUCGUGGCUUUGAUCGUGAUUUGUGUCUACACAGUGAUUGGUGCGCUGUACCUAGUCAGCUCGCGUGACUUGAAGCGGAUCGAGUCAGUGGAGCGUUCGCCCAUCUACACAGUGGUUGGCGAGGUGCUGAACGGCUGUGUCGUCAUCCGCGCUUACGGCGAUGCAGGACGAUUCACGCGACAUUGUCUGCGACUUGUCGACAAGGCGAACCGAGCGUUCUUCUUCCUGUGGUACGAGAACCGAUGGCUCUCGGUGCGUGUCGACAUUGCUGGUGCCUCGGUGGCGUUCCUGUCGGCGGUAUUCCUGCUGUUGCGUGCGGACACGGAAGCAAGCUUGGCUGGAUUUGUGUUGUCAUACGCCAUCACGUUUGUUGAGUCGGUGCUGUGGAUCGUGCGCAUGUACACGCAAACCGAGAUCAACAUGAACAGCGUCGAGCGAAUCAGCGAGUACCUGGAUCUGGAGCCGGAACGUCAGACAGGACAAGAGCCACCUGCGUACUGGCCAAGCAGCGAAGGCAAGAUCGUGAUCAAGAACCUUGCUGUGCGAUACACGCCCGAGUUCCCACGUGUAUUGGACGGCAUCGACCUGGAGUUUGAGCCACGCGAGAAGGUGGGUAUUGUCGGUCGCACAGGUUCAGGCAAGUCGACAUUGGCAUUAUGCUUCUUCCGGUUCUUGGAAGCAGAGCAGGGUUCAAUUGAGAUUGACGGCAUCGACAUUGCAUCGAUCCCGAUCCGCACGCUGCGAGAAAGGCUGACGGUGAUCCCACAGGAUGCUCAGCUGUUCAGCGGUACGGUUCGAACCAAUCUUGACCCAUUCAAUGUGUACGAUGACGGAGAGCUGUGGAUGGCGCUGGAGAGGUGUCGACUUGCGUCGUUUGCUACACCAGCUGCCUCAGGUGCGGUCAGCCGUGCACCGAGUCGACCUGGAUCGCCGGGGCCCGAAGGGGAGGGCGAAAACGAGGUGGUGGGAGAGGCCGAAAUGUACGGUCGAACCAACAUCAUCACUUCGCUCGACGCACCGGUGGAACAAGGUGGGCGCAACUUCUCAGCCGGUCAAAAGCAGCUGUUGGCACUUGCGCGCGGAUUGCUCAAGCUUCGCGACAGUCGAAUCUUAGUGCUAGACGAGAGCACAGCAAAUCUUGACUCGGCAUCGGAUGCACAGAUCCAAAAGACGAUCCGACAAGAGAUGGCCCCACAAGCGACGAUCAUCACGAUUGCGCAUCGCAUCAAGACGAUUGCAGACUAUAACAAGAUUGUGGUUUUGGGCAAGGGCAAGGUGGUCGAGUGCGGCUCACCUUUGUCGUUGAUGGAAGACGAGUCGAGCGUGUUGCACUCGAUGUGCCAGCAGAGCGGUGAGAUGGGCGAGUUGCUACGCAUCGCCAAGGAGGCUGAUGCGCAGAAGAAGACCUCGUUGUUGUAG